GGGCGAGCACGUUCACAGCUGUAGUAAAUAGAUCACUAAGACUGCCUGCCCAGGUUCCACUGAAUUUGUCUCCUUGCCUCCGUUCACAGACCCAGAAUGGCUACCUUUGUCUCGCUGGUCACUUGCCAAAACAUCACUUGCCAAAACUGCAACAACACCUUAAGACACAAUGCGAUGAGCAGAGACUAUAUGAUGGGCUUCUCCAGGAACUACCGUGUUCCCAGCGCUGCCAAGAAACAUUGGGUAGCUGGCAGAAAUCUACAUCCAGCCUAUAGAGGGCGCUCCCCCCUCCCCAAGACUGCAACCACUGAGAAAUCUCCCUCCACUCUAAAAAGGUCAUCUUCAUCUGAGUCCAGUAGCUCCUCUUCCUCCAGCACAGGCAGUGUGAAGAAGCUUGCACUCGAACGCCUGAGAAAGUUUCUGCUUCUGGGGCACGAGCAGAAGAGAGUAAGAGACGGGCUGAAGUUCUUCCUCCCUGCUCUCUGAGAGUCCCAGAGGCACUGGUGACCGCGUCGACAGGCCUGGCCUAUGUUUUGGCCCCCUCCCAAAUGCUCAGAAAAGUGAGCAGUGCCUGUGAAGAGUGCGAGUGAGCCUGAAAGCCAGUGCACUGCCGCUGGUCUAAUCUUUAAUGGGAAGGUGUUGGAAGGAUAGCGCUUUCUGGCUGUGUAGUCAUGAUCCUUCAGUUGUAUGAGAGAUUCCAGAAAGAAGCCUCAGCCUGUUACUACACUGAGCGAUAAGGGAGUGGCGAAGAUUGUGAGAGUAUCCUGUUGUACUGUGACAAGCAGUUUCUACUCACCACAAGACAGUUGUGUGGUUAUUUAAGUAUUUUACCAUACAUUUUUUGUGAGUUUUAAAUAAAAGUGGCACAAGUUAUCAGGCCAAAAUUCAGUGUUCUUUCAGAUUUUUACAAGAUCAUUUUCAGCAAUAAGCAAUGCAUUGUCAUUGCUUUAUCUUAGUCUGACUGAAACAAGAGUAAUGUAACCUUAUACAGGGACCAGAUCUGUGUCCAUUUAUACCACCUUAGUACUGAUGGUGGAAAUUCAGGCAUUGUCAUUUUAGAAAAACCAUGUACGUUUGGAACGGUUUGGGGGUAGAAAACUCAAUGGAGUCAAAUUUUAACAGACUACAGUAUAUUAACUUUAGAGGUCUGUUUUGUGCAAAAGACUAUAUACAUUUAUACUAUAUAUCCAAAUAUACUAUAAACAUUACUUUUUGCUUCAAAGGUUUAUGAUGUUUAUAAAGGUGUGCAUGCACUGUGGUGUCAUUUGUAUUAUAGGCUACACAGUACAUUGUUAUAAAUAUGUGAAUUCAAAUUUAUUUAUAUCCCUUCUAAUUAUACAUUAUACAUUGACGAAAUGAAAUUGUUAAAUAUUCUUCAAAAGUUACAUUACAUUGCAUUUACAUUAUGUUUAUUAGGCAGACGCUUUCACCCAAAGCGACGUACAAUAAGGUUUCUUAUUGUUCUUAACUGACAGAAUUAAUAAGGUUUACAAUAAGGUUUAUACUUAACUGACAGACUUAUCAUAAUUAUUUAUCUAUUUAGUAGAGCCACUUAUUCAGAGCAAUUAUAAGUAAACCUUUUGCAAUUCUAAGUAAACCUACCAUUGCAAGUAUGAAUGUAAGCAUAGUCCUCGGUGACAAAUUAAAGUUAUUAAGAACCUGUAGAACUUGUAAAGAUAAAGCUGCAUGUUGUUCUAGUCUUGUGCAGUAUGCUGCUUUUGUGUCCUUGUAAGUACUUCACAGGUAAAUAUGCAGCUGCAGUAACAGAUAACAAUUGGUUUCGUUCUGUUACACUGAAGAAGGGAAUCUCUUGGGCACUUGAAUAACACAGUAAUGGUAAUGUUAAAGUAUUUAUAAGAUAAGCUUCAUAAGGAGCAUAAUGUAUUCAUUAUGGUACCAAAAGUAAUGUGGAAAUUGUGAUUACUCUAGUUUUAUUGCAUUUCAUACCAUCAAAACUUGAUGGUUUGGAAAUUGUUUAAUUUAAAGAGAACAAGCUGUAUUAAUCAUCUAAUGCAGAAUUACAUUUUAAUUACAGAGAAUUUUAUUUUUCACUUAAAAUCUAUUAAUCACUGAAUGAUUUGAACAUAAUGAUUUUGCAAAUUGUUUCAAUCUGUUAAUCAAACUGUAUGAAUUAAGGGACCAUUGUUCAGAUAGAAUUUGAGCAAGAAUGUGAAUAUUAUUUAGCCAGUUUCACAGAAAUGAGACUGCUUAAUCAGUUUUAUUAGUUUUCAAUAAGUAAGUAUGCUUUAAAUGAACUGCAGUUUUAUUGUUUCGUUAUUUGAUACAUGCAAUUUGUAUAGCAAAGUAGUGAAUGUAUCACUUAGCAUAUCAAUUGAAUGUUUUAACAUUUGGAUACUGAAAUUAAAGAGUCUUUAUUGUGUCUUAUGAGAA